ACAGUAAACUCAGGAAGUUCCAACGCAACCAAGAGGUUAUGCUAGCUAGCUGGCUAACAAUAUGUUUGUUUUACGACUAUACGCGAACAUUUUGGCCAUGUAGUUUUAUAACGUUAUUAACUUGCUACAGAAACAAAGCGCAAUAUUCUUAAAAUCCGUCUUAUUCGAUAUGUUGUGGACACGCUUAUUGCUUACAGAAUGGCUCUCACAACUGUAGCCCUGCGCGUCCCAGCCACAUACGACAUUGUUUUGACAGCUAAGCUAGUAGUAGCAAGAACAUGGACAACUAACGUUAACAACUAGCGUUUGCAAAUUUACUGUUAUUGGAAUUGUGUUAGAUGUACAAUCUCAAACCAUUGUCUUUCUAUAUAUAUUUCUAAAUGUAUAUCUUAUUUGCAUAGUAUAGCUAGCUAGCUAUCAUAGCUCAUGUCUUUCUAAGCUACAAAGAUAGCUAACUCCAACUAGUAGCUAGCCAUUUGGGCCAUUUAUAUUUCAAAUCAAGUGAUCCCAGGACAGGAAUCUGAGCGACAAGCUCAACUCUCAAUCAGACCCAAUGCGUGGCAUCAUGGGCGCUCAGGGCAGUCCUGUCAAAAGUUACGACUAUCUACUCAAGUUUUUACUGGUGGGGGACAGUGAUGUUGGGAAGGGAGAGAUUCUGGAAAGCUUGCAGGAUGGGUCGGUGGAAUCGCCCUACGCCUACAGCAGUGGGAUUGACUAUAAAACCACUACAAUCCUACUGGAUGGAAGGAGAGUCAAGUUAGAAUUGUGGGAUACCUCUGGCCAAGGCAGAUUCUGCACCAUCUUCAGAUCCUAUUCUCGUGGGGCCCAGGGAAUCCUGUUGGUGUAUGACAUCACAAACGGCUGGUCGUUCGAUGGCAUCGACCGCUGGAUCCGAGAGAUUGACGAGCAUGCCCCUGGCGUUCCCCGCAUCCUGGUGGGCAACCGUCUCCACCUGGCGUUCAAGCGGCAGGUGCCCACGGAGCAGGCGCGGGCGUACGCUGAGAAGAACGGCAUGACCUUUUUCGAGGUCAGCCCCCUUUGCAACUUCAACGUCAUCGAGUCGUUUACGGAACUGUCACGCAUUGUGCUCAUGAGGCACGGCAUGGAGAAGUUCUGGAAGCCCAACCGAGUGUUCAGCCUGCAGGACCUCUGCUGCCGCUCCAUCGUGUCCUGCACGCCCGUCCACCUCAUCGACAAGCUGCCCCUCCCCGUCGCCAUCAAGUCCCACCUCAAGUCCUUCUCCGUGGCCAACGGCAUGAACGCCGUCAUGAUGCACGGACGCUCUUACUCUGUGGCCAACCACCCGGCCGGGGGCGGGGCCGGCGGCGGCGCGGGCUCCAACAGCGGCAAGGGCAACAGCCUCAAGAGGUCCAAGUCCUUCCGUCCCCCGCAGAGCCCCCCGAAGAGCUCCUCCAGCAAAAUCAACUGUAAGAUAUCGUAGGGGAUGGAGGGAGGAAGGAACGAGUGCACGAGUAACCCAGCCUCGCUCGUCUGCUCCUCCUAUUCCCUUCCCUCAAGGGGGGGGGGGGGGGGCUGUGGGUGAGCGGACUCACAGGGGCACCGUGUAAGGGGGCGGGGGGGCUGCUACGGAGGACGUGGUCUGCCUGAGGAUGCAGCUGUUUGAGGUGGGGUGGGGUUAGUCAGCGGCGCUAAAGCCGACUUGGUGCGUGCUCGUUUUCAAACCCCAUCCACAUACGCGCGCACCUUUUUGCGGGUGACUAUUGCACCCACCGCCUUUCACUGUGAUCCCGUCGAAUCCUGAAGCUCAAAUCAAGCGGUCUGCGCUGCACCUGUCAACACUACACGAGGCGGAGGACGGCCUUUUUAAUGGACUCGAUCACAUGGGUGAAAGUAAUACUUUGUUGUAAAUACAUGAUAUACACUGUUGGCUUGUUUUCCAGUUUGUUUUCACACCGACUUCUUGGGUCUUUUAACAUGACAAUGAAGGGGAAGCUCUGAGUAACUGGCAUAAUAACAAGCCUCAUGCAUGUUCCCCUCGUUCUCCUUAAACACAGUUCUCACACUCUCAGUUGAUAUUUGAAGUAUCUAGUUCGACCGCUGGGCCUGGUCUCAUGCCAUUUACCGUUCUACUCCCUCUGUCAUCCAUCACCAUCAUUUAUUCAAUCUGCUUAGAUGUCGUCAUGGUGACGUCAACACCCAGAGACACCAGUCUGCAGGCCCAUGCUGCUAUAAAAUGUACUUGGGUUCGUUUUAAUUGGGCGUGAUUUACAACAUGCCUGUAGUCCUCUUUUGCGGUCAGUUAUAUGCUGGAAUAUUUGGCAGUUCGUUUUUCUCCUGAAAUCAUGUACAAAUGUUAGGCCAAGCAUUGUUUGAUCAGUGCUUUGACUUCUUCUGGUUGAGGUCUUGACCUAUCUGGCUUUACUGCUGUGUUUUUGAGAGCAUGUGUAAAAGGUCUUAAAAAUAGGAAUGGAUUAAAUUGUAACAUACUACCAUUGGACUUAAGUAAAUGCUUUUAGUUUAUUUUCUGAUUUCUUUGUUUUACUGAUUAUUUAUUCUCUUUUUCAUGAAUGUCUACAACUAUUCCAGUGUUUGUUAUGUUGUGGUAAAGUGUAAGGUGUUUGAAAGGGACAACUAUUUAGAAUGUAGGCUAUUCACUCUGGAACAUUCCUCUAAAGGCCAUGCAGAACAACAAUUUCAUGCAUGAUGUUUUCCAUUUGUAUUUUGUUAGAGGAAAAGAACAAUAAUGAAGGAUCAAAACACUAUCUGGUUUAGUUAAGAUGUUAAUACAACAUGGCUGACGGUAAUAAUGAACAACAUUCAAUUCCUAUUUUGACUGCCUCAAAGUAAGCUGCCAUUAAAAGCAGAUGAUUUCUUCAACAAUAAAGCAAAAUGUCCUUGACCGUU